UAUGGCUCGCCUCCCAGCGAGGGGCUCCGGGACGGUCUUCAAAGUCUCAAUGAAGGCCUUGGCCAAGGCAUUUGGUUCCGCGGCCGCCUGCUGGUGGCUGUGUCCAUGGAAGUGAUGGAAGGGAGAGCUGAAUCCGAGCCUCCCCAGCCCCCCCCAGAGGUCCAGGUUGUCCCGGCUCAAGGGAAAGAAGAAGAAAGCUAGGUGUGGCCAGACUCCAACUGGGAUUCAGCAGCACCUAGAUGCCAGCUCCAGUGCUGAUGCACCUGAGAUUCCUAGUGCCAUGGAGGUGGAGAUGGAGGAGUUGCUGCCGCUGCCAGAGAAUGCCUUAGCACCCUGCGAAGAUUUCCUGCUCUUUGCUGUGCUCUUCGAGGCCACCAUGAUUGACCCCGCCAUGGCCUCUCAGCCUAUCAGAUUCGAGAUCUCCAUUGGUCAAGCAGGUCGCCAGGAGGAGCAGUUGGGCCGAGCUUCCAGAGUCAGGGAAGGAGCAGAGGGUGCUGCAGGAGAGGCUGUGCCUCUCCUGCAGUCAGAGGCGGGAGUCCGGCCAGCGGAGGAGGAGGAACUGGGGAUCCCUGCUCAGCGGCCUGAGCCCGUGGACGGCUGCGGGCCGUACUUCUGCUUGCCCCUGCGUCACCGCAAGCCUUGCGUGCAAGUGUGGAGCCGCUGGGAGGAUCACUCAUGGCGCCUGCAGAGCAGUAACUGUGUGCGGAAAGUGGCCGAGAGGCUGGACCAGGGACUGCAGGAGGCUGAGACUCUGCAGCGCAGGCCGGGGCCUGAGGCGUGCACAAGGAUGAAGCAGGCGCUGGAAGAGCUCGUGGCUGGGAGCAGACAGUUUUGCCACGGUGCUGAGCGCAGGACGGUGACCCGGCCCAAUGCCCUGGAUCGAUGCCGACAGAGACUGCUGGUGCAUAGCCUGAACCUCUUGGCAAAGCAAGGACUGCAGCUCCUACGGGGCCUGAGACAGGGCAACGUGCAAGGGAAGGUUGCACUGGCCAAGAAGCUUCUGGCGAAACUGCGCUUCCUGGCCCAGGAGCCCCAGCCUCCCCUCCCAGAUGUGCUGGUCUGGAUGCUCAGUGGACGGCGCCGUGUGGCCUGGGCCCGCAUCCCUGCCCAGGAUGUGCUGUUCUCUGUGGUCGAGGAGGAACGGGGCCAGGACUGUGGGAAGAUCCAGAGUCUGCUGCUCACGGCACCUGGGGCAGCCCCUGGUGAGGUCUGUGCCAAACUGGAGCUCUUCCUGUGGCUGGGGCUGGGCAAGCAAGCCAAGGCCUGCACCUCAGAGCUCCCACCGGACCUGCUGCCUGAGCCCUCUGCUGGGCUGCCCCACAGCCUUUGCCGGGACGACUUCAGCUACUUCCAGCUCCGGGCUCACUUGUACCAGGCCCGAGGUGUGUUGGCAGCAGAUGACAGUGGGCUCUCAGACCCCUUUGCUCGAGUCCUCAUCUCUACACAGUGCCAGACCACACGGGUGAGGCCUGGGCUGGGAUGUGGGCGGAGGGGCACUGGAGACAAGGUCCUGGAGCAGACGCUGAGCCCCCUGUGGGACGAGCUCUUAGUGUUUGAUCAGUUGAUUGUGGAUGGGAGGAGGGAGCACCUGCAGGAGGAGCCUCCGCUAGUGGUCGUCAACAUCUUUGACCACAAUAAGUUUGGCCCCCCUGUGUUCCUGGGCAGGGCGCUGGCCGCCCCGAGGGUAAAGCUGAUGGAGGACCCUUACCAACGCCCCGAGCUGCAGUUCUUCUCCGUGAGGAAGGGGCCCCGGGCAGCCGGGGAGCUCAUUGCCACCUUUGAACUCAUUGAACUGGACUACGGUAGCCGGCUUGAGCCCUCAGUGCCCAGUGAUGUGGAGCCCCAGGACCUGACACCCCUGGUCGAGCCCAUCUCCGGACGCCUAUCCCUGCCGCCCCAUGUGCGCCCAGUUCUCAGGGAUUUCCGUGUCGAGGUACUGUUCUGGGGUCUGAGGGGCCUUGGCCGUGUGCAGCUGUUCGAGGUGGAGCAGCCCCAGGUUGUGCUGGAGGUGGCUGGGCGACGUGUGGAGUCCGAGAUCCUGGCCAGUUACCGUGAGAACCCCAAUUUCACCGAGCUCAUCAGGCAUCUGACAGUGGACUUGCCGGAGCAGCCUUACCUGCAGCCCCCACUCAGCAUCCUGGUGAUUGAGCGCCGGGCCUUUGGCCGCACAGUGCUUGUGGGUUCCCACAUUGUCCCCCACAUGCUGCGAUUCACACUCCAGGCUCAUGAGGAUCCCCCUGAGGAGGAAGAAGAGGAGGAGACAGGGGACCUAGUGCCCAAGGGACCUCAAGGACAGAGGUCCCUGGAUCCCUUCUUGUCUGAGGUGGGGAUGCCCAGACGGCUCCUGAAGGCUCCUCUGAAGAAGCUCCCUCUGGGAGGCCUCCUGAAUCAAGGCCCAGAGGUGGAGGAGGACAUUCCAGAUCCCGAAGAGCUUGACUGGUGGUCCAAGUACUAUGCGUCGCUGCAGGAGCUCCAGGGGCAGACCAACUUUGAUGAGGACGAAAUGGAUGACUCUGGGGAUUCAGAUGGGGUCAACAUCAUUUCUGUGGAUGGGGAAGCCCAAGACCAGGGUGAGGCUAAAGUAAAAGACUCCGUGUUCCAGAAAAAAGCAAUUGCUACUCUGAAGAUUUACAACAGCUCUCUGGAGGAAGAGUUUAACCACUUUGAAGACUGGUUGAAUGUGUUUCCCCUGUACCGAGGGCAAGGGGGUCAGGAUGGAGAUGGAGAGGAAGAAGGGUCUGGAAACCUUGUGGGCAAGUUCAAGGGCUCCUUCCUCAUUUAUCCUGAAUCAGAUGCAGUGUCCUUCUCUGAGCCUCAGAUCUCCCGGGGGAUCCCACAGAACCGGCCCAUCAAGCUCCUGGUCAGAGUAUAUGUUGUAAAGGCUACCAACUUGGCUCCGGCAGACCCCAAUGGCAAAGCUGACCCCUAUGUGGUGGUGAGCGCUGGCCGGGAGCGGCUGGACACCAAGGAGCGCUACAUCCCCAAGCAGCUGAAUCCCGUCUUUGGAGAAGUCCUGGAGCUCAGCAUCUCUCUCCCUGCUGAGCCAGAGCUGACCGUGGCUGUGUUUGAUCAUGACCUCGUGGGUUCUGACGACCUCAUCGGGGAGACCCACAUUGACCUGGAAAACCGAUUCUAUAGCCACCACAGGGCGAACUGUGGGCUGGCCUCCCAGUAUGAUGUGGGUGGGUACAAUGCCUGGCGUGAUGCAUUCCGGCCUUCACAGAUCCUGGCGGGGCUGUGUCAACGCUGUGGCCUCCCUGCCCCUGAAUACCGAGCCAGAGCUGUCAAGGUGGGCAGCAAAGUCUUUCUGACACCGCCAGAGACCCUGCCUCCAGGUGGUGGGGAAUCCAAGGUGGCAAGUGAGGUCCCCGAGGAGGCCCAGGCAUUGCAGGUGCUGCGGCGCUGGCAGGAGAUGCCGGGCCUUGGGAUCCAGCUGGUACCUGAGCACGUAGAAACACGGCCCCUCUACCAUCCUCGCAACCCGGGGCUGCUACAGGGAUCCCUUCACAUGUGGAUUGACAUCUUCCCCCGAGAUGUGCCUGCCCCACCCCCAGUUGACAUCAAGCCUCAGCAGCCAAUCAGCUAUGAGCUCAGAGUCAUCAUCUGGAACACGGAGGAUGUGGUUCUGGAUGAUGUGAACCCGCUCACUGGAGAGACAUCAAGUGACAUCUACGUGAAAAGCUGGAUGAAGGGGCUGGAGCAUGACAAGCAGGAGACAGACGUGCACUUCAACUCUCUGACGGGAGAGGGGAACUUCAACUGGCGCUUCGUGUUCCGCUUUGACUACCUGCCCACGGAGCGCGAGGUGAGCGUCCGGCGCCGGUCCGGACCCUUCGCCCUGGAGGAAGCUGAGUUCCGGCAGCCAGCUGUGCUGGUCCUGCAGGUCUGGGACUACGACCGCAUCUCCGCCAACGACUUCCUUGGCUCCCUGGAGCUGCAGCUACCGGACAUGGUGCGAGGGACCCGGGGCCCUGGGCUCUGCUCUGUGCAGCUGGCCCAGGACAGGGCUGGGCCAAGGUGUAACCUGUUUCGCUGCCGCCGCUUGCGGGGCUGGUGGCCUGUAGUGAAGCUGUGGGAGCCUGAGGAUGAGGAGCGGGAGCAGCGGGAGGCUCAGGCUGGCAAGAAGAGGAGGAAGAGGAGGAGGAAGGGUCGGCAAGAAGACUUAGAGUUCACAGACCCAGGAGGCAACAUCUACAUCCUCACGGGGAAGGUGGAGGCAGAGUUUGAGCUGCUGACUGUGGAGGAGGCUGAGAAACGGCCAGUGGGGAAGGGGCGCAAGGAGCCUGAGCCCUUGGAGAAGCCCAACCGCCCCAAAACCUCCUUUAACUGGUUUGUGAACCCGCUGAAGACCUUCGUCUUCUUCAUCUGGCGCCGGUACUGGCAUAUCCUGGUGCUGCUGCUGCUGCUGGCACUGAUCACCGUCUUCCUCCUCCUCAUCUUCUACACUAUGCCCGGCCAGAUCAGCCAGGCCAUCUUCCGCCCCCUCCACCAACCCUAACAGACCUGGGAAGCUCAUCCAUAAAUGCCAGCUCCUCAACUCCUGCUCCUGGCAGUCUUUCCCACCAGUAGGAGUCAUCCUGGCAGAGUGGAAACCUUAUCAGGCAUCCUCUCUGAUGCUUGAACACAUGCUGUGUAUAAUAAAUAAUUUGUACAGGGGGCAGAGAACAGAGAUGUUCUUGGGUAACCCGGGCGCUGGGAUUCACUGGACAAAUGAAUACACAGGAUGGGAGGCUGCCCACAUGGCCCCUCUGCCAGGAAGACUGGGACCCAGCCAAAGGUUCACAGCCAUGGAGCCCUGGACACUGGUCCUGCUGCUCCGUGCGCUCCUUCCCCACCUGCUGCUCCUGCUCCUGACAACGGCUGGGUCCUUCUCACCUAGUCUGUCAUGGCUCCUGCUGUUCCAUGACAGCCAAACACUAUACAUGCUUCAUGAACUUGCACCAACCCUGAGAGUAGGCAGAUCACUUAGGACACUUUUGUUUGCAAGUGACAGAAAUCACAACCCAAUCAUUAAAAAAGUCCAUAAACGAUAAAUGUUGGAGCGGGUGUGGAGAAAAGGGAACCCUCCUACACUGUUGGUGGGAAUGUAAAUUGGUGCAGUCACUAUGGAAAACAGUAUUGAGAUUCCUUAAAAAA